AUGAGUUUUGAUUACACAUUUGUAGUUUUAGGAGGAGGUAUUGCAGGAGUUACUUGUGCCGAAACAUUGGCUCAAUUAAACCGAGAAUCGGAUAUUUUAUUGAUUACCAGAUCGGAAAUAAUAAAAACUGUGUCUUCAGCCGUUUAUUUAACUAAAACAAUUAUGGAGUUAGAUGUUGAAGAAACUACAUCUUCAAAAAUUUCAGAUAAAUAUCCCAAUGUAAAAUUUUUAACAGACAAUGUAACAAAGUUAAACUAUGAUGACAGAAUAAUCGAAACUGAAAACAAAUUGAAAAUAUCAUUUAAAAAACUUUGCAUUUGCACAGGAGGAGAACCGAAUUUGAUUAAAAUGUGUAACCCUUAUGUUAUAGGAAUUAGAGAUACAGAAUCGGUAAAAGAUUUUGAAAGUAAAAUUAAAAACUCUAAAAGAAUCAUGGUCGUGGGAAAUGGAGGAAUAGCAUCUGAAGUUAUUUAUGAAGUCGAAGGAAUUGAAAAAAUUUGGGUAAUUAAAGAUAAUUACAUAACUAAAAAUUUUAUCGAUCCAGGUGCUGCUGAAUUUUUUCAAAAUAAAUUAGAUAAAAAAUGUGGAGAUGUAUCUUCGAUAAUCAAGAGAGUCGUUUAUACAACAACAACAACAACAAGUCCAAAUUCAAGCGAUGCCAAUUUAAAAAAAAAAAAUCCUGCACUGGGCCCUGAUUGGCAUAAACGAUAUGAUUUAAAAGGUUCUUUAAAAGAAAACUCAGUCGCCAUAGAAUACAACACUCGAGUUGAAAACAUAAUAACAGGAGAUGAAAAUUAUCCAGUUUACGUCGAGUUGACGAAUGGAAAACGUUACGGUGUUGAUUUUGUCGUGUCAGCAACGGGAGUCGUACCCAAUUCGGAAAUAUUCGUGCGCGAUAAUAAAGAUUUAAAAAUAAGCGAAGACGGUGGAAUAAUUGUCGAUUGGAAAAUGGAAACGACGCUAAAAGAUGUUUUUGCUGCCGGAGACGUUUGUUCGGCCGGAUGGACUUGGGCUCAACAUUGGCAUCAAAUGAGACUGUGGACUCAAGCACAACAAAUGGGUUGCUACGGUGCAAAAUGCAUGACGGCAUCCGUUAACAACGAAGAAAUAUACCAAGAUUUUUGUUUCGAAAUAUUUUCCCACGUGACAAAAUUAUACGGAUACAAAGUUAUUUUGUUAGGGUUGUACAACGGUCAAAAACUUGAAAAUGAUUACGAAGUUUUGUUGAGAGUGACGCGGGACAAAGAAUACGUUAAAAUUGUUUUGAAAAAUGGUAAAAUGCAAGGAGCUUUAUUAAUCGGCGACACCGAUCUAGAAGAAAUGUGUGAAAAUUUAAUUUUAAAUCAAUUGGAUUUGACACAGUACGGAGAUGACUUAUUAAAUCCUGAUAUUGAUAUCGAUGAUUAUUUCGAUUGA